GCUAGGUAUAUGUGCGUCCAAAAGGACAUCUAUCAUCGAUCAUCUACUGACUAUUUCAAGAAGGAUUGUCAGUAUGGCAAUGGCCUGUCACUUCGCGGGGAUGAACCACUGCCAUAGAAGCCCUGACAAGGGUUUUCUGUGUUCAUCGUGCAAGUGGGCGUGUUGGAUGUGCGUUCACUGUUUGAACCACAAAUCUUGCCCGAAAUGCAAGCGUGGGAAUCCCCGUGAAAAGCCCAAUGCCCUUCGUCAUGCAGACGCGGACGAUGAGUCGGAGUCAGACGUCGACGAUGGUAGCCGUCCUGGUGGAAUUGCACUGGGCGACGGGCUGUCCGACGUCGAUGACGACUUCAUUAUCCACAAGCAGAAUGAGUAUGACAAGAAGCAGGAAUCUGAAUCAAUGCUUGCUUCCUCACCUGGGGCGAGCACAUGUUCCUGGACCAGGCAUGACAAGCAGGCGCCAGACCAGCAGAGCGAAUCUUUCUCAACGCUGCGCUCGACGCGAGAAGAAGAAGAAGACGCACUAGAACAAAGCAAGAUGUGCAUUACUGUCGAGAACACAUACUGUAAAGACCCUAAACACUAUGGGAUUAUUUCUGAACUUGAAAGUGGGGAAGUCGUGGUCACGCAGAAGCUGCGUCACGCAGAAGCUGACCACAGACUCCAGGAAACUGCUGGAUUUUGCCCCUUGCGUCUCCCAAUCGACUGGAGAAGAGCUCAAAGAGUGUUGUACUGCGUUGUACAACAUGUGUACAGAGAUGGAGUGACAACCCCGCUUGAACAACUGUGGAAGACAUACUGCUACAGACGGUGAGAAGGCUAUAUAGGUGGCUUUGAGUCCGAACUAGCACUUUUUUUCAUCCCAUUCUGUGUUCGUG